AUGGCGGCCCUUGGUGGUGCCCAGCGGCAGCCACUGCUCCUGCUGUUACUCGAGUUAGCAGGCCUCAUGCAUGGUGCAUCAGCAGUGUUUGUGGUGCAAGAUGGCAUCAGGACAGCUUGUAUAAUGACUAACUUCUCUGCUGACUUCUUGACCAACUAUAUUACCAAGACUGGCCCUAAGAAUGUGACCUUCAGCCUGCCAUCUAAUGCAAAAGUAUUAAAUACCAGCUCCUGUGGUAAAGAGAAUGCUUCUAACCCCAGUCUUGUGAUUGCUUUUGGAGGAGGACAUACACUGAACCUCACUUUUGCAAGAAAUGCAACUCGUUACAGGGUUUAGUUGAUGAGUUUUGUUUAUGACUUGUCAGACACACAGAUUUUCCCCAGUGCAAUUUCCAAUGAAACCAAGUCUAAUGAAUCCAUAACUGACAUCAUGGCAGACAUAAAUAAAAAAUACAGAUGUGUGAGCAGCAACCAGAUACACAUGAAGAAUGUAACUGUCACUUUCCAUAAUGCCACCAUCCAGGCAUACCUUUCAGAUGAUAGCUUCAGCAAGGAAGAGACGCGCUGUAUGCAAGAUGGACCUUCUCCAACAGUGUCACCAACAACUCCCCACCAUUCAACAUCCCCUCCUCACCCUUCUCCCCACCCUUCGCCAUCCCCAGUGCCUGAGAGCCCCUCGGUAAAAAAGUACACUGUGAGUGGCACCCAUGGAACCUGUCUGCUGGCCAGCAUGGGGCUGCAGCUGAAUGUCACCUACAAGAAGAAGGAUAACACGACUAUGACCAGAGUGUUCAUUAUCAACCCAAAUAAGACCCAAGUCACUGGGUGCUGCGCUCCUCAGCAGGUGACCCUGGAACUCCAGAGUGAGAGCAGCACUUUCCUAGUCUUCCAGUUGGGAAUGAAUGCAAGUUCUAGCCAUUUUUUCCUGCAAGAAAUCCAGUUGAACAUGACUCUUCCUGAUGCCAGAGACCCCACCUUCAAGGCCACCAACUCACUGAGAGCACUUCAGGCCACUAUGGGGAAUUCCUACAAGUGUAACACCGAGGAGCAAAUUUGGGUCACAGAGGCCUUUUCUGUCAACAUUUUCCAAGUACAAAUCCAGGCUUUCCAGGUAGAAGGUGACAAGUUUGGGUCUGUGGAAGAAUGUUAGCUGGAUGAGAAUAACAUGUUAAUCCCCAUCACCGUCGGUGGUGCCCUGGCAGGGCUGGUCCUUAUCGUCCUCAUCGCCUACCUUAUCGGCAGGAAGAGGAAACAUGCCGGCUACCAGACGACUUAGCACAGCCGCAGACCAGCAGAAGCUACGGGGCCUGUGUUCAUUUCCCUGAGCUUAGGUUGAUGUUGAGGGAGGCAUACUUUAUUGCAAACUGAUUUUCAGAUCUGCUU